AUGUUCGCAGGAUACAGCUCGAAGAAGCGAAUCAACGAACGGUACAAGAUCGUAGGCUUCAUCAGUAGCGGCACCUAUGGACGCGUCUACAAAGCAGAAGGCAAGAAUGGCCGCAUCGGAGAAUUUGCCAUCAAGAAGUUCAAACCGGACAAGGAAGGCGAACUCCAGUACUCCGGCAUCUCACAGUCCGCCAUAAGGGAAAUGGCCCUUUGCACCGAGUUAGCGCAUCCAAAUGUUGUUCACACGUCUGAGAUCAUACUGGAAGACAAGUGCAUCUUCAUCGUCUUCGAGUAUGCAGAACACGACCUACUACAGAUCAUCCACCACCACAACCAGCCUCAACGCCAAGCCAUACCUGCACGAACUAUCAGAUCGAUCUUGUAUCAGCUUUUGCAGGGUCUUGUCUAUCUCCACCGCAACUGGGUCAUGCAUCGGGAUCUGAAGCCUGCCAACAUCAUGGUGACAAGAGAGGGCAAAGUCAAGAUUGGCGAUUUGGGUCUAGCUCGUCUCUUCCACAAGCCGCUCCAGUCAUUGUUCUCCGGCGAUAAGGUCGUCGUCACAAUCUGGUACCGGGCACCAGAGUUGCUGCUGGGCAGCCGUCACUACACGCCGGCGGUCGAUCUUUGGGCAGUGGGUUGCAUCUUCGCCGAGCUGCUGUCGCUGCGACCUAUUUUCAAGGGGGAGGAGGCGAAGAUGGACAACAAGAAGACCGUACCCUUUCAGCGCAAUCAGAUGCAAAAGAUCGUCGAGAUCAUGGGCUUACCAAGCAAAGACCGCUGGCCAUUAUUGAACUCCAUGCCCGAGUAUCCUCAGCUUGCUUCGCUCAUCGCUGGUAACGCAGCACGUUAUCCUCGUCCACAGAGUGACGGCUUGGAACGAUGGUACCACCAAACCUUGAACAACAAUCGUUACCCUGUUGGUACUGGACCGGACACGCCUGGCCAGGAAGGACUAUCGUUGCUCAAGCAGCUACUCGAGUAUGACCCACUCAAGCGCCUGACAGCUGAGAAAGCGCUCGAGCACCCGUACUUUACCGUACACGGCAGGCCGUCAGAGAGCUGCUUCGAAGACUCCAAAAUCAAAUACCCUGUUCGGAGAGUCAGUCAAGAGGACAAUGACAUUCGUACGUCUAGUUUGCCAGGGACAAAACGGAGUGGGCUACCAGAUGACUCUCUCAUUGGUCGGCCUGCAAAACGCCUUAAGGAAGGCUGA